AUGGCUUUUGCGCUUCUUACGUUCCUUUUGGCCCUAAUCGGGCUCACCUCUGCUUUUACUGCAGACGCCAAAUCUAACGUGGCCAUCUACUAUGGCCAAGGUGUUAAUCAACCUCGUCUGGCCGAGUUUUGUUCGGAUACAGCCUUCGAUAUCAUUAACAUUGGAUUCAUCAACUCAUUCCCGGAUCAAAACCCUUCUACCGGCCUACCUGGUAGCAACUUUGGCAAUCAAUGCUGGGCUGACACUUACAUGGUCAACGACACCGCCUCUCACUUGUACUCGCACUGCCCUAACUUGGUAGAGGAUAUUCCAAUCUGUCAAGCAGCGGGCAAGAAGAUCUUCCUAUCCCUUGGUGGCGGCAAACCUACCUACAAAUUCAAUUCUGUUUCGUCUGCUACCUCUUUCGCUGACUGGCUCUGGGGGGCCUUCGGUCCUGUGACCGAAGAAUGGACUGCCGCGGAUAAGCCUCGUCCGUUUGGUGACGCGGUCGUCGAUGGCUUUGACCUUGACAUUGAGUACGAUGGUAAAAUUGCAGGAUACUCCGCCCUGGUGAAUCGCCUGCGUACCCACUACGCUGAGGUACCAGAUCAAACCUUCUAUAUCUCGGUCGCUCCUCAGUGUGCCAUUCCUGACCCGCAGCUCGCUUACACCAUUGCCAACUCGUGGGUUGAUUUCGUCUGGGUUCAGUUCUACAACACCAACCCUUGCUCCGCCCGCGACUGGGUUUUGGGCACCAAAGAUGGCUUUAACUAUGAUGCGUGGGUAAAUGUCAUUAAAAAUGGCCACAACCCAGAUGCGAAACUCUAUAUCGGGUUGCCUGCCAGCCCAUCGGCAGCUAAUACAGGAUUCUAUCUGGCUCCCGAAGAGGCUGAGGCCCUGAUUUCCACCUAUAUGGAUAAGUAUCCCGACACUUUCGGAGGAGUUAUGCUUUGGGAAGCUACCGCAUCGCUGGACAACCAAAUCAACGGGUCUAGUUAUGCAGAGGUAAUCAGGGAAAUUCUUUUUGAGUGUGACCCUGGCCAUCCCAUUCCCACGACGACGACCACGACCACUACCACAUCGACAACAACAACCACCUCGAGCACCACCACCACCACCUCGAGCCCGGCCACAACUACUACCUCGAGUACGACGUCGAGCCCUACAACCACCACCACCUCGACCACCACUACUACUUCGAGCACAACCUCGAGUCCAACCACCACCUCAAGCACUACGACAACCACGACAACCUUGAGUACCACGUCGACGACCUCUACCUCGAGCACCACUACUACUACCGCUGCAGUAUCGGCGACUACCUCAGAAACUGUCACUCCUUGUGACGGGACCACCUCAACAACGAGCACAUCUACCACCUCGAGCACCUCCGUGAAGAGCACCACCUCGAGCGCUAUAGCUGUCUCUUCGGUUCCUCAUAGCUCAGUGUCUGCUGUUUCCCCGGGAAUCCCGUCUCCAAGCAGCCAUGCUAUCUCCUCGACGACGUCUGAAAGCACCGUCACCCUGACAGUCUUCCCAACACCCCCUAGCUCUCACGUGUCUCCUGGGUCCUCUUCUCCCACUGCCCCAGCCUCUUCACUCCCCGUGUCUUCUGGUACAGGCAACACUCAAUCUUCGACCGAAUGUGGUUCCACAGCCACCUCGCAGACCACUACACACACGGUUUCCACAAGCAAGCCUGUUAUUCCAACUACCUCUAGCACGAAGCCUGUCUCCAGCUCUGGCGCUGUGAGCCUGAGCUCAAGCGUGCCAGGCGUACCAACCAGCCCAUCAGGAUCGGAGACUUCCGGACCUUCCACUACUCCCACUGCUCCUGGCAACACUGCGGGUCAGGCUAGCAGCUCUACCACGAGUUGCGGUGAGAACGAGUCUACUACUAGCACAAUUGUGGCUUCCGGCACACAUACCGGAUCUACUAUCCAGUCUAGCACCCCGGUAGCUACCUCUACCAAGCCUACUGGUUCUGGACACGCUUCUACCAGAUCUACUACCCAGUCUGGCACCUCUACCAAGCCCACUGGCUCUGGACACGCUUCCGCAGGUUCUACUACCCAAUCUGGAACCACAGAGACCACCAAGCCCACUGGCUCUGGAUACGCUUCCGCAGGUUCUUCUACCCAGUCUGGCACCUCUACCAAGCCCACUGGCUCUGGACACGCUUCCGCAGGUUCUACUACCCAAUCUGGAACCACAGAGACCACCAAGCCCACUGGCUCUGGACACGCUUCUGCAGGUUCUACUACCCAGUCUAGCACCACAGAGACCACCAAGCCCACUGGCUCUGGACACGCUUCCGCAGGUUCUUCUACCCAGUCUGGCACCACAGAGACUACCUCUACCAAGCCUACUGGUUCUGGACACGCUUCUACUGGUUCUACUACCCAGUCUAGCACCACAGAGACUACCUCCACCAAGCCCACUGGUACUGGACCUGCUACUACCGGACCUAGCGGAGCUGGUUCUGUCACCACCAAGGCCACAACUACUCCUGGCCACCCGACUACCACGGAGCCUGCUACGAUCACCACUAUCAUUGUGACCUCGUACACGGAUAUCUGCCCAACAGGUUUCACCACAAUCACCACAACUAUCACUUCAAUCUACUGCCCUGGAACAGUUUCUGCCACUGCUACCGCCACCAACCCUGCCGGAGCUGUACAGACAACCAGCACUCCAGCCAUUCCUGAGGGCUGGACCACGACCGUUACUGUUUGCACUCACUGCGCUGCCACCCCGACCACGGUGACUCUGACUUUGCCUCCUGCUACUACUACUACCGGCAGUGAGUCAACACCCGCCAGCCAAAGCUGGUCUAGUAAGAGCACUAUCACCGUGACCGGUUCUCCAACGACCUCUAGGGUUGUCUUGGUUUCUGCCUCUUCCAGCAACCCGGUUGUAGGAGUGAGCAGCAGCUAUUCCACUUUUUCUACUUUCUCUGUCCAGACCCCGACAAGCGUGUCUGCGGUGCCUAUUGCCCCUAGCGGUACUACAAGCAGUACUACAAGCAGUACUACAAGCAACACUGCAAGCGAGACUAUAAGCGAUACUACAAGCGAGACUACAAGCGACACUGCAAGCGAUACUACAAGCGACACUGCAAGCGGUGUGUCUCCUGCGUUCACUGGCGCUGCGACUCGGGCUGUUGGACUGGGCUCCGGACUUUCUCUUCUUAUUGCCUUUGCACUCUCCUUUCUUGUGAUGUAA